GCCUUAUAGUUCGAGGGACAACAAUAAUAUAGAUCAGCCCGUUCCAAGCCCCUAUUGGAGCGCUUCGUGAACCAUAAUGGCAGUCUCUCCUACAGCCAUUAUUAUUCCCAUUGGAGCGCUUCAUCAACCAUAAUCAGCCUCUUACAGCCUCAUAUGGUGACAUUCGGGUGCGGCAGCCCUUGCUAGCAAGACACCAGUCUUGGUUCGUUUCCUCUUUGCCCAGGAGCUAUCCCAAGUGCAGCGCGGCGAUGUGGCGAGCAAUACUCCAUUUGGAAGUGUUGCGGAAGGAGGAAACACGGCAGUUGUCGAGUUGCGCUGAGCACUGCUCGUCACUCUUCCACUGCACGUGUAUAUAUGCACCUGUGUGCCGUCCAGACGGCCGAGUCAGCCUCGGCCGGAUGCGGCAAAGCACCCCCAUCGUCGGGCACCAAGUCCAUGACGGUGAACGGCAAGAACCGGCAGUACAUCCUCCAGCUGCCCAACAACUACGACUCUAAUAAGGCUUACCGGGUUGUCAUUGGAUAUCACUGGCGGGACGGGUCCAUGAACGACGUGGCGAGCGGCGGCUUCUACGGCUUGCGGUCUCUCGCCGGGGACAGCACCAUCUUUGUUGCCCCCAACGGCCUGAACGCCGGGUGGGCCAACAACGGCGGCGAGGACCUGACCUUCACGGACCAGAUUGUGGCUCUCCUGAGGAACGAUCUCUGUGUGGAUGAGGGCCAAUUCUUUGCGACGGGCUGGAGCUACGGAGGGUCCAUGAGCCAUAGCGUAGCCUGUUCACGGCCAAAUGUCUUCAAAGCCGUGUCAGUCAUCUCGGGGGCCCAGCUCUCCGGUUGCUCGGGCGGUACCACGCCGGUGGCAUACCUCGGGAUCCACGGCGCCGCCGACAACGUCCUGGGCAUCGGCAUGGGCCGCCAGCUGCGUGACAAGUGGUUGCAGACCAACGGGUGCGCGUCUAAGAACGCACCCGAACCCUCGUCCGGGCAGCAGAGCCACAUCAAGACCACGUACAGCUGCUCCCGGGCGGCCGUGACGUGGAUCGCGCACGGCGGGGGCCACGUCCCCGAUCCGUCGGGCACCAACGGCGCCAAGUUUGCCCCCGGUGAGACGUGGUCCUUCUUCAACGCGGCUGUGUCGGGCGGAAACCCCAACACCUCCUCGGCCCCGGGCUCGACGCAGACAUCGACCUCAGCCCCGACGACAAGCCCCGGAACGCAACCGACGACUCAGCCCAACUGCUCGCCUAGAUACGGCCAAUGCGGGGGGAACGGCUGGACGGGCGCUACUUGCUGCCAGAGCGGCAGCACUUGUCGGUAUUCGAACGAUUGGUACUCGCAGUGCCUCUAGUGUGCCAUUGGCGGAGGCUGAGAAGGGAUGGGCGGCUAGGUUGAUGUGUGGAGGAGUUGUCAGAAAACGAUAUAUGCUGUGUUUGUUGAGCUGCUUUCAAACUCGGCCUCUUUGCAGGCAAGAAAGCAUACUUUAUCUGCUUGUGCCAGUUGCUGCUAUCCGCAUUUAGUCGUUACUGAUCCUCCUUGUCCCCAAGCUCGUCGUGUGUCGGUAGCGGGCUGUCGCGCGCCGCGCCAAGUGCCAAAUGUAUCCUGCCGGAGAGCGCUUCGCAGAUUGGAUCACCGAGGCAGUCAGCAGGUGCUGAUUGUACGCGUCGGGGAUAUGAUGACCAAAAUCCAGAUGGGCUUUGCGGUCCUGUGGCUCAGUGCCAGUCUCUUGCAUAAUUCCCGAAUUUAUAUU